AUGGGAAAGCCAAAGUAUUUUUUUAGGAUUGAAGUUGCAUAUAAAAAACAUGGCCUGUUGUUGUCCCAAAGGAAGUAUGUGCUAGAUUUACUAGAAGAAGCAGGUCUCUUGGAAUGCAAAUCUGCAAGCACUCCAAUGGAGGCAAAUGUUGAUUUGUGGCGUGAUGAUACCUCUCUAUUAGAUGAUGCUGCACGAUAUAGAAGACUAAUUGGGAAGCUAAUAUAUUUGACAGUUACCAGACCUGAUAUUACUUUUGCAGUAGGUGUACUGAGCAGGUUUAUGCACAAACCUAGAGAGGUUCAUUGGAAAACAGCUCUGAAGAUUUUGGCAUAUGUCAAAAGUUGUCCAAGCAAGAGAUUGUUAUAUAAGAAGCAUGAGCAUACUCACAUUUUGGCUUUCUCUGAUGCUGGCUACGCAGGAGACAUGGGAGACCGAAAGUCAACCUCAAGAUUUUGUACUUUUGUUGGAGGUAAUCUUGUGACUUGGAGAAGUAAGAAACAAGAUGUAGUAUCACGAUCUAGUGCAGAGGCCGAAUAUAGAGCAAUGGCUCACACUGCUUGUGAGAUGGUGUGGCUAAGAAAGUUUAUGACAGAGCUUGGUUUUGUUCAGUCUGGACCCAUGCCAAUGCAUUGUGACAACCAAGAUGCUUGGGAGAAGAAGAUAAUAUCUCUCACAUUCACUCCGUCCUCACAACAACUUGCUGAUAUUCUUACCAAUGCUACUUCUUCAAAGGUGUUUUCUACUAUAUGUGACAAGCUGGGCAUGGUGGAUAUUUAUGCUCCAGCUUGA